CAUCAUUUUCACACUCUCCACUAUUUCUAUUCCACUGAACUAAGACAGGCAUGUAUGAACAGUACGACCUACAUCACAAUGCUGACAACUCACAAUUUCACCUUUCAAUUGUUUCAAAGACAAAGAGACAAUCCAAACUAUAUACACCACAUAUGAAUUCCAUGAGGUUUCAGGAAAUUAAAGACAAUGGAAGAAAUGAAGAUAAUCUGGGUGAAAUCUGGGGUGUUGAUCAUGAAACUGUUUUGGGCAUUGAUAUUUGCAGUUUUAUACAAUGGGUAUUUGUCAGAAGGGGUAAACUCAACCCUUUCUUCUACUAGGCCUGGUGUUGUGAAUAUUGGGUGUAUUCUCACCUUUAAUUCUGAUGUGGGUAAAGUUGCAAAAGUAGCUGUGGAAGCUGCAGUUGAGGAUGUGAAUUCUGAUCCAACUGUUCUUGGAGGAACCAAGUUGAAUCUCAAUAUGCUUGAUAGCAAUUCCAGUGGAUUUCUUGGGAUAGUUGAAGCUAUACGGUUCAUGGAGACUGAAACGGUAGCAAUACUCGGCCCCCAAUCUUCAGUAAUAGCUCACGUGAUUUCCCACAUUGCAAACGAGCUCCGAGUCCCUCUAUUGUCUUUCGCUGCCUCUGAUCCCACUCUCUCUUCGCUUCAGUACCCGUUCUUCGUUAGGACCUCACAGAACGAUUUGUUCCAGAUGGCUGCCAUAGCUUCGAUUAUCGAGCACUAUGGAUGGAGAGAAGUGAAUGCUAUCUAUGUAGAUGAUGAUUAUGGGAGGAACGGCAUCGGGGCAUUAGCGGAUCAACUUGCCAUGAGGCGGUGCCGGAUCUCUUAUAAAGCACCUUUGAAGCCCGAAGCAACGAUUGAUGACAUGAGGGAUGUGUUAGUUCAGGUGGCUUUAACUGAAUCACGAAUUCUUAUCGUUCACACUUAUACCCCCGAGGGACUGACGAUAUUUUCUCUGGGGAAGAAUUUAGGGAUGGCCGAGAGUGGAUUCGUGUGGAUUGCUACAUACUGGCUCUCGACUUACCUUGACACAAAUGGUCCCCUUAUAAUGGACAAUAUUGAAGGAGCUAUUACAUUUCGCCCGUAUAUUCCAGAUUCUGAACCAAAGAGGAACUUUACCUCGAGAUGGAGCAAUUUGAUAAAAAGGUUUGGGACCGAUAGGCGUUUGGGGUUGAGCACUUACGGUCUGUAUGCAUAUGACACUGUGCGGUUACUUGCCUAUGCUCUUGAUGCGUUCUUUAAACAAGGUGGAAAUAUUUCUUUUUCGGUAGAUCCUAGGCUAGAAGAAGCGGGUAGUGGAGGGUUAAACAUUUCUAUGAACAUUUUUGACGGGGGGAAGUUAUUACUCGACGAGAUUUUGAAGACCAACGUAACUGGAGUGACAGGACUGUUUAAAUUUACCCAGGACAAGGAACUCUAUCGCCCUGCAUUUGAAGUUAUUAAUGUUGUUGGAAAUGGAAUUAGGAAAGUUGGUUACUGGUCUAACUACUCUGGGUUAUCUGUAGUGCCUCCCGAUUCACUCUACUCUUUUCCACCGAAUCAUUCACUUUCGAGUCAAAAACUGUAUCCCGUAAUCUGGGCAGGACAGACUACACAGAAGCCUCGAGGGUGGGUUUUUCCAAACAACGGGAGGCAACUGAGAGUUGGAGUCCCUAACCGAGCUAGCUUUCUUGAAUUUGUUGAACGGGCACCGGGUUCUGAUAUGUUCAAAGGCUACUGUAUUGAAGUCUUCACAGCUGCGCUAAACUAUUUGCCAUAUGCUGUACCGUACAAAUUUGUUCCCUUUGGAGAUGGCCAUAACAACCCGGAUGGUACUGAGCUUGUGCGUGGAAUCACUGAAGGGGUAUAUGGUGCAGCUGUGGGUGACAUUGCAAUCACAACUCAGCGCACGAAGAUGGUUGAUUUCACGCAACCUUAUAUUGACUCGGGGCUAGUUGUGGUGGCACCGGUUAAAGAGAGGGGCUCUAGUGCUUGGGCUUUUCUUAGGCCAUUUACUCCUAUGAUGUGGUGUAUCACGGGAAUGUUUUUUUUUGUCAUUGGGGCAGUGGUUUGGGUUUUGGAACAUAGAAUGAACGAUGAUUUUCGUGGACCUCCUAGAAAGCAAAUCGAAACUAUCUUUUGGUUUAGCCUUUCGACGCUCUUCUUUUCCCACAGAGAAAACACUGUGAGCACCUUAGGCCGCAUGGUCCUCGUGAUAUGGUUGUUUGUGGUUUUAAUAAUCACCUCGAGUUACACUGCCAGCCUCACCUCAAUCCUAACAGUGCAGCAUCUUUCUUCCCCAAUUAAAGGAAUCGAAAGUUUGAUGACGACAAAUGACCCCAUCGGAUACCAGCUUGGUUCUUUUGCUCGUAAUUAUCUGAUUGAAGAACUUGGCAUUGAUGAAUCUAGGCUCGUUCCUCUUAACCUGCCAGAAGAUUAUGCUAAGGCUUUAAAAGAUGGCCCUGGUAAAGGUGGCGUUGCAGCUGUGGUAGAUGAACGUGCUUAUAUCGAACUUUUCCUCUCUACCCACUGUGAAUUCAGUAUUCUAGGCCAAGAGUUCACCAGAAAUGGAUGGGGAUUUGCCUUCCCGAAGGACUCUCCUCUGGCGGUUGACAUGUCAACCGCGAUUCUGAAAUUGUCAGAAGACGGGGAGCUCCAAAGAAUUCAUGACAAAUGGCUGCUGAGGAGCGCUUGCACAUCACAGAACACGAAGCUCGAAGACAACCGGCUUCAACUGAAGAGCUUCUGGGGUCUCUUCUUAAUAAGUGGAUCAGUAUGCAUUUUAGCCCUGCUGGUCUACUUUGCCCUGUUAACGCGCAAGUUUAUGCGACAUUACUCCAAGCCUGAGUCUGAGCCUGAGCCAUCUUCUAGAGGAAGCUCACGAACGGCACGGCUCCAGACAUUCCUGUCGUUCGCUGAUGAAAAGGAAAACUCGGUGAAAUGUCGGUCAAAAAAGAGGGAGUUGGAGAGUGUUUCAGCUAGAAGUACCUGUGAAGAUGCACAAUGAAUGGUUCCAAGCUUCACAAAUGCACAGAUAGCAACUUUUCCUUUUUGUAUAUAACUCCUUUUUUAGAGGUAAUAGCAGUACAGAAUAGAAUAUCUACUUCCACAGCCCUUCUCAAGGUGUAUAUAUUACUUGGUUUGAGGCACUGUGGCUAUUGGACAAGAUAUUUCAUUUCAUUUCAUUUAUUUACAUACUAUAUAUAUGUGUGUAUAUAUUUGCCAUA